CCCUAAUGUAUCUAGGGGUUCCUUGUGGGCUAGUUUUAAGGUUACCCAUUUUUGCAAACCUAAAACAUCCAUACCCACAAUUUGUACCAGUCCCAAUGCACAAGUUACAAGUCAUUAAAGAACCGUUGCUCUAACUUCAAUAGCUUCAUUUCUUAAAAGACCGAAAAGCCUUUUUCUCCCUAGUCCACACACUCCAUCGCUGAGUUUUCUACAAACAUCAUCUCUCUCUCUCUCUCUCUCUCUCUCUCUCUCUCUCUCUCUCUCUAAGAAAGAACAACCUUUUUCUGGGUUUUUACCUCUUUUGUAAGAGUGAAACCUUAAAUUUUUUGGAAGAUGGUGAGAGGGAAGACUCAAAUGCGGAGGAUUGAAAAUGCUACAAGUAGACAAGUGACCUUCUCCAAAAGAAGAAAUGGUUUGUUGAAGAAAGCGUUUGAACUUUCUGUGCUUUGUGAUGCUGAGGUUGCUUUGAUCAUCUUCUCUCCAAGAGGCAAACUUUAUGAAUUUGCAAGCUCAAGCAUGCAGGAGACAAUUGAACGAUAUAGAAGUCACGUAAAAGAUGUUCAAACAGAAAAUUCUUCGAGUAUAGAAGAUGUUCAGCAUUUGAAGCAUGAAACAGCUACUAUGGCAAAGAAGGUAGAACUCCUAGAAGUUGCAAAAAGGAAACUUUUGGGAGAAGGGUUAGGAUCAAGCACCAUUGAAGAGAUAGUUCAGAUUGAGCAACAGCUGGAGAGGAGCGUACGCAUUGUUCGAGCAAGAAAGAUGCAAGUCUACAAUGAACAGAUUGAGCAACUACAAGCAAAGGAGAAACUGCUAGCAGCUGAAAAUGCAUCACUUACUGAGAAGUGCUUAAUCCAAACAGACCAAGGAACAGAAGAAAUGAGACCGGAUUUACGUGUUGUUGAUAACGAGGAGAACUCAGAUGUGGAAACGGAAUUGUUCAUCGGACCACCAGAGGUCAGGAGAACGAAGCAAAGAUGGUCAAAGUAGUCAGUAUAUAGAUAGAUAGAUAUAUAUAUGCAUACAUAUAUUUUAUAUCUAUCAAGAUUAUGUUAUGCUACCAACACUAUCCAUGUUAGAUAAGAUGCGCCCAACACAUAUGUUGUUCUGCAACAAAAUUUUCAUUCUAGAGAAGUCUAGAAGAUUAAUGCAUCAGAAUUUGUCAGCUCAAACCCUACGUAACUUUUGCAAUUAAAAAGAUUUGUCAUUGUACA